AUGAGGCUUUUGCAGAGGGCUCUUUUUGUCAUCCUGUGGAUAAAUCUGUGUCUAGGGUUGGAUCUAUGGCCUCAAUGGGCUAGUGGGAAGCUUAUUCGGGACGAGAGUCAAGGCACUGAAGCGGCUUCACCAAGAGUGACUAAUGUUGAGUACUAUACAACGAUUCCUACAGCUCUUCGAAGGAAAGGAGCAAGACAGGAUAAAGUGGCAGGAUCUACUUUACCGACUGGUACCCCUGUCAGAUGGAAUCAGACUCCAACGUUAAUAUCGCAUAAUGGCUCUUUAAAAAAUGAUCUGAAAUAUGUCAGUGGUGGUAAAUCUGCGUUGAUUCCUCGUCAACACGAGAGGGCUUUAGAGAAAGUUUCAUUAGCGGGAAUCCUACUAGCGACUGAUGUUGAAGGUGGCCUCCACGCCUUGAAUAGAGACAACGGUCAACUAUUGUGGUCGAUCGAUUCUUCUCAUACAAAGCCACUCAUUCAUGUCGUCGAGCCACCAAGAGCACAGACUAAGGAAACUUUGAUCAUAGAACCUUAUGGCGAAGGAAACAUUUAUUAUUUCAACGUCUACCAAGGCCUACAAAAAUUACCCGUAUCGAUAGCUAAAUUAAUUGCGUCUUCACCAAUGCAUCUUAAGACUGAUAUUGUAGUUGAUGAUUUUGGUACAGUUGUAGAAGAUGAAAAAAUUUACACGGGGUCUAGAUCUACCGCCAUGUAUGUGAUAGAUGCCACUAAAGGUGAUAUACUUUCAGCGUUUGGACCUGGUACGGAAAAUAAAAAAUAUAAGAAGGAUUCUGAUAUUUGUGCCACGAGAGGCUUGGAACCAGAAGGCUGUAAAAACGUGCUCGUAAUUGGUAAGACAACUUACCAUUUAGGAAUACAUUCGCGGGACGGAACCACUUACAAUGUUACCUAUUCUUCGUGGCAACAGAAUACUCUUGAUACUCCACUAUCAUCUUUAUCGUCUUUGACUGGUGAUAAUACUUAUAUCGCUUCAUUCAGAGAUAGGUCGUUGCUAGCAAUCAAUGCGGAUUUUAAGAUUGCUAAAUGGGUUUCUUCCAACUUCCCAGGGAUCAUAAACAGUAUAUUUGACAUCUUUACAGAUGAAAAUGCUGGCGAAAACAUUAUAAUACCACAUCGUUUCACUUCUCCGGACGAAGCAAGCUUCCCCAGAGGUAAAGUUUUCCUGAGUCAGAUUGAAAACGACUCUUGGUUUGCUCUAUCUGGUGAAAAUUAUCCCUCUUUAGUGGAAGCUGCCCCCACUGCCAAAUACGGCUUAAGCGAAAGAUGGAGGGCACCCUCAUUAUUCUACAAUGAAGACCUUUUCGCUACAGCGGUUACAGGUGUUCACACUUUACAGAACAGAAAAUUCGAGGAGAUCUCUGAUAUGUCGACAAGCAGGAAACCUUUAAUAUCAGUUCAAGAAAGGGAGCCACUUCUCCUUGAACCUUCCACUUCUAAUUUACCUUUAGGAUUGGAAGAUGAUAGUACUUCCCGUAAUAUGGCACUUGAAACUUACAUCUCACCAGAAGAAUUGGAAGCCUAUAGAUUGAAGGUCCAAGAACAAAUUGCUCAUGAAAUAAUACAACAAAAUCAAGGAUCCUUUAUUUACCUCAUGGGGAGACUGAUAUACCGUGUGAUAGAGAGUGGGUUAGUCUUUUUAUUUGCCUUGUUUGUCCUAGCAUUCCUACAAAGGUUUAAAGUUAUACCGCCCUUACACAUUCUUUUUGAAAAAAGUGGAUUAAUCUCGGUGGAAGACAUUAAAGUGGAUAAUUUAGAAAUUAAUGAUGAGAUGAGUAAUGAGAAAAGACCCACAGCCAAUAACGGUACCGGUGACUCUGAAGAAACUCUCAAGAUUUCUAGAGAAAGUACACCUUCUACUACCGACAAUCCCAAUUCUCCAACAGAUGAUGAAGAAGAGACUGCUUUGAAAGUGGAAGAUGAAGUGACUCUUAAAGGAGGAGAAGAAGGUACCACAAUAGUAGAGAAGGAAAAGAAGAAGAGGAAAAGAGGUACUCGGGGUGGUAAAAAAUUGAAGAAGAAACAGUCUUCAUCAUCUCAGGCGGUGGAACAAAUCCGUGCCAUAGGAACCAUUCAACUGGAGAACGGCUUGAAAACCCUCACAGUAUCUGAGAAGAUUUUAGGUUAUGGUUCCUCUGGUACAGUGGUUCUUCAAGGUAGCUUCCAAGGAAGACCAGUGGCUGUAAAGAGAAUGCUUCUUGAUUUUUGUGAUAUUGCCUCACAAGAGAUCGACUUACUCACAGAGAGUGACGACCAUCCAAAUGUGGUCAGGUAUUUCUGUUCCGAAACGACAGAGAAAUUUUUAUACAUUGCAUUAGAACUCUGCAACUUAACUUUGGAAGAGUUGAUCGAGUUGAAGAAACCAUCCGAAGGAUUCCAAGCUACACUCAAGACUUGGGAUCCCAUCAACAUACUAUAUCAAAUCGCUUCGGGUGUGUCUCAUUUACAUUCAUUAAAGAUAAUCCACAGAGAUAUCAAACCGCAGAAUAUUCUAGUGGCUUCACCAAAGAAAGUUAUUGCCGCUGGUUAUAAAGCAGACAACAACGGAAACCUUAGGAUUUUAAUUUCCGAUUUCGGUCUCUGUAAGAAGUUAGAGGCAGAUCAGUCUUCAUUUCGCACCAGUCUUUCUAAUGCUGGCGGUACUAGUGGAUGGAGGGCACCAGAAUUAUUGCAUGAAUCCACGAGGAAAUUGAUUGAAUCUAUGUCUGUUUAUGACAAAGAUAAUGACGAAGACAACGAGUCAGCUACGAAUUCAAUUUACGAUCCUGCUACAAAACAAAGUUUGACAAAAGGUAUUGACAUUUUCUCAAUGGGUUGCGUAUUCUACUAUAUCCUUUCUAAAGGAGGUCAUCCAUUUGGCUCUAGAUACAUUCGCGAAGCUAACAUAUUAAAGAACAACUACGAUCUCUCAGGAUUAAACCAAACUCUAAAGGAUAGAUCCCUAGUAUUUGAAGCCAAGGAUUUAAUUGCUCAAAUGAUUCAAAUGAACCCCUUAAAGAGACCUUCUGCCCUAAGAGUCUUGAACCAUCCACUUUUCUGGUCAAAUUCGAAAAAAUUGGAGUUCCUUUUGAAGGUCAGUGACCGAUUCGAAGUUGAACGAAGAGAUCCACCAAGUGAACUAUUAUGCAAAUUGGAAUCUCAUUCGAAUCAAGUAAUACCGAACAAUGAUUGGACUAGUAAAUUUGAUAAAGAUUUCAUGGAUAACUUAGGAAAAUACAGGAAGUACAGCGGGGAAAAAUUAAUGGAUCUUUUAAGAGCACUGAGAAAUAAAUAUCACCAUUUCAUGGAUCUUCCUGAAGAUUUAGCUGCAGUCAUCGGGCCGGUUCCCGAUGGGUUUUACAACUAUUUCAUUAAGCGUUUCCCUAACUUGCUUUUGGAGAUUUAUCAUGUUGUUCAAGAAAAUCUCAAAGAUGAUCAAAUUUUAUGCAAUUUCAUUGAAUAG